GAGGAGACAGAAGCCGGAGUGGGAUCCAGUGCGAUCCCAGAGACCGGCUGUUGCGGUUGUUAUGACAACACAAUUCUAAACCGGAAGUAGGCCUAAGUGCCAAAGAUGGCGGCGCAGGGACCGAUGGCGAUAGCUAUGCGGCUGAGAAAUCAGCUGCAGUCGGUUUAUAAGCUUGACCCUUUAAGGAAUGAGGAAGAAGUUAAGGUUAAAAUUAAAGACCUAAAUGAGCAUAUUGUCUGCUACCUGUGUGCCGGGUACUUCAUUGAUGCCACAACAAUCACCGAGUGCUUGCAUACAUUCUGUAAGAGCUGCAUUGUGAAGUAUCUUCAAACCAGCAAAUACUGUCCAAUGUGUAAUAUAAAAAUCCAUGAAACACAGCCAUUACUGAACCUUAAACUGGACAGAGUGAUGCAAGACAUUGUCUACAAACUGGUACCAGGAUUGCAAGAGAGUGAAGACAAAAGGAUUAGAGAGUUCUAUCAGUCACGUGGUUUAGAACGAGUUAUCCAACCUGCUACUGAAGACUCUGUGCCAGAUCCAGCUGGCUUGCCAUAUGCCAGUUUUGAUCACUCAAAAGCCCAUUUCUACAGAUACGAUGAACAGGUCUCCCUCUGUUUAGAAAGACUAAGUUCAUCAUCUGGGAAAGACAAAAACAAGCUCACAUUGCAGCAGAAGUAUGUCAGAUGUUCUGCAAGGGCAGAGGUGAGGCACCUGAGAAGAGUCCUUUGUCACAGACUCAGUGUUGAAAAACAACAGGUUCAGAUGUUAUUCAACAAUGAGUCCUUACCGGAUCACAUGACCAUGAAACAACUUUGGCUGUCACAUUGGUUUGGAAAGUCGCAGCCUUUGGUUCUUCAUUACACCAUCAAAGACAAGCGGGGAAGAUAGAGCCAGCAGAUAUUUCAAAACCACGUUUUUGGCAGUAAAUUUCAGUGGGUUUUUUUUUUGCAAUUUAAAAAAUAUUAACAGCUGUAUAUAAUUUGUACUUUAUAUAUUCUAUUUU